AUGUUUAGAACUGGUGAUUUUCAUCUGGAAGAUGAAGAACGCAGCGGUCGUACAUCCACUACAGUUAAGGAAAUAAUCAAGGCCAUGCGAAACAAAAAUGAUCCAUUUUUGGAGAGAUUGGUUACUGGGAAUGAGACGUGGAUUCUUUACGAGAAUAUUACACGUAAACGAUCUUGGUCAAGAGAUAAGAAACCUUUAAGAGUAGCAAAGUCUGGUCUUCACCCGAAGAAAGUUUUGAUGUCCAUCUGUUGGGACUGGAAGGGUGUAAUUCAUUAUGAACUGCUUCCACAAGGUGAAACAAUCAAUUCAACGAAAUACUGUGCCCAACUGGACAAAUUGAAGGAAAAAAUCGCCACAAAACGACCAGAAUUAACCAACAGACGAGGCGUCGUUUUCCAGCACGAUAACGCCCUAGAUUCCAUGUGUAUUUAA